CGUCUGAUUGGCUGCUUUGCCGGCAAUAUAUAACGUUCCGGUAGCUAGCAUUCUUCCUUUCCUUCCUCAUACCGGCAAGGGCAAGCCAGCCUCGCUGAUAUCCAUUCCAACCCAACACGUAAAGUCAUCGUCGUGUGAACAAUUCGGAACUAUGUCAAAGGGACCAGCAGUUGGUAUUGACCUUGGGACCACAUACUCCUGCGUUGGUGUGUUCCAGCAUGGCAAAGUUGAAAUCAUUGCCAAUGACCAGGGCAACAGGACCACGCCCAGCUAUGUGGCCUUCACAGAUAGUGAGCGGCUAAUUGGUGAUGCAGCCAAGAAUCAGGUUGCCAUGAACCCAACCAACACAGUUUUUGAUGCCAAGCGACUGAUUGGCCGCCGGUUUGACGAUGCAGUUGUGCAGUCAGAUAUGAAGCACUGGCCAUUUAAUGUCAUCAAUGACAACACCCGCCCCAAGGUUCAAGUUGAAUACAAGGGUGAGUCAAAGUCCUUCUACCCAGAGGAGGUUUCAUCUAUGGUGCUGACAAAGAUGAAGGAGAUUGCUGAAGCCUACCUCGGAAAAACAGUCAACAAUGCUGUAAUUACGGUACCCGCCUACUUCAAUGACUCCCAGCGCCAGGCCACAAAGGAUGCUGGCACAAUCUCUGGCCUCAAUGUUCUGCGCAUCAUCAAUGAGCCAACUGCUGCUGCCAUUGCUUAUGGAUUGGACAAGAAGGUUGGGUCUGAAAGGAACGUUCUUAUCUUUGAUCUUGGUGGAGGCACCUUUGACGUAUCAAUCUUGACCAUUGAGGAUGGCAUCUUUGAGGUAAAGUCCACUGCCGGAGAUACCCAUCUUGGUGGGGAAGAUUUUGACAACCGCAUGGUCAACCACUUUAUUGCGGAGUUCAAGCGCAAGUACAAGAAGGACAUCAGCGACAACAAGAGAGCUGUGCGUCGUCUGCGCACUGCCUGUGAGAGGGCAAAGCGCACCCUGUCUUCCAGCACCCAGGCCAGCAUUGAAAUCGACUCUCUGUAUGAGGGAGUCGACUUCUACACCUCAAUCACCAGGGCUCGCUUUGAAGAGCUCAAUGCUGACCUCUUCCGUGGCACCUUGGACCCCGUUGAGAAGUCACUCCGUGACGCUAAGAUGGAUAAGGGGCAGAUUCAUGACAUUGUGUUGGUAGGUGGCUCCACCAGAAUCCCCAAGAUCCAGAAGCUGCUCCAGGAUUUCUUCAAUGGGAAGGAGCUCAACAAGAGCAUCAAUCCAGAUGAAGCUGUGGCUUACGGUGCUGCUGUCCAGGCUGCUAUCCUGUCUGGUGACAAGUCUGAGAAUGUGCAGGACCUGCUGCUGCUUGACGUUACCCCUCUGUCCCUGGGUAUUGAGACUGCUGGAGGUGUCAUGACUGUCCUUAUCAAACGUAACACCACCAUUCCUACCAAGCAGACCCAGACCUUCACCACCUACUCUGACAACCAGCCUGGUGUGCUCAUCCAGGUCUAUGAAGGAGAGCGUGCUAUGACCAGAGACAACAACCUGCUGGGCAAGUUUGAGCUGACGGGCAUCCCUCCUGCUCCUCGUGGUGUUCCCCAGAUCGAGGUGACAUUUGACAUUGAUGCCAAUGGUAUUAUGAACGUCUCUGCUGUAGAUAAGAGCACUGGCAAGGAGAACAAGAUCACAAUCACCAAUGACAAGGGUCGUCUCAGCAAGGAGGACAUUGAACGCAUGGUUCAGGAAGCUGAGAAGUACAAGGCUGAAGACGAUGUCCAGCGAGACAAGGUGUCUGCUAAGAAUGGCCUGGAGUCAUAUGCUUUCAACAUGAAGUCUACUGUGGAGGAUGAAAAACUUGCUGGCAAAAUCAGUGAUGACGACAAGCAGAAGAUUUUGGACAAAUGCAAUGAGGUCAUCAGCUGGCUGGACAAGAACCAGACUGCCGAGAGGGAUGAGUAUGAGCAUCAACAGAAGGAGCUGGAGAAGGUGUGCAACCCCAUCAUCACCAAGUUGUACCAGAGUGCCGGUGGCAUGCCUGGUGGUAUGCCAGAGGGCAUGGCUGGUAGCUUCCCUGGAGCCGGUGGUGCAGCCCCUGGUGGUGGAUCAUCUGGACCAACCAUCGAGGAGGUUGACUAAACUUUCAGUCACCUCAACUGCCACUCCAGUCCCGAAAGAUGUUUUCUGAGAAAGUAACCCUCUUGUAGCACAAGCUAAAGAGUGAAAGAGUAAAAUAAAAAUGAGGUUCAGGGAUCAUAUUUAUUGCAUUGUCUGACACCUGGGAACAACUUGUUGAGCUUUUAGUUCACAUGUCUCGUAAUGUUUGUAUACUGAGAUCGCUGCAUUGACAAUAAAAUAUCUUGCAACCCUC